UGGGGCGGUGCCGCGCAGAGGCGGCUGGGCCGCAGUCCAAGAUGGCGGCGCUGCAGUUUGGGGGCGCGGGUGGCGGAGUCGAGGAAGCGGCCCUGAGCGGCGGCGGGGGCGCUGGCAGCGGCAGCAGCUUCGGGGUGGCGGGGGCGGCCGAGGCCUUCCCCAAGGACUUUGGCUACGGCGCUGACGAGGACGGAGAAGACGAGGACGACGACGCCGAGGACGAGGAGGACCCCCGCCGGCGCCACCUCCACCGCGGGGCUGAGCUGGGCGGAGGGGGAGGCGGCGGGAGCGGGGGCCCCGGAGGCGGGAGCGGAGGCGGCGGCGUCGGGCUGGGCUCCGGGGGCGGCGACUCCUCCAAGCAGCCCCGCAUCCUGCUUAUGGGCCUGCGGCGCAGCGGGAAAUCCUCCAUCCAGAAGGUCGUGUUUCACAAAAUGUCUCCCAAUGAAACCUUGUUUCUGGAGAGUACCAACAAGAUCUACAAGGAUGACAUCUCAAACAGCUCUUUUGUCAACUUCCAAAUAUGGGACUUCCCGGGCCAAAUGGAUUUUUUUGAUCCAACAUUUGAUUAUGAGAUGAUCUUCAGGGGAACCGGAGCCCUGAUCUACGUGAUUGAUGCUCAGGAUGACUACAUGGAAGCUUUGACAAGGCUCCAUAUUACAGUUUCAAAAGCAUACAAAAUCAAUCCAGAAAUGAACUUUGAAGUUUUUAUUCAUAAAGUUGAUGGCUUAUCAGAUGACCAUAAAAUAGAAACUCAAAGGGAUAUUCAUCAGAGAGCCAAUGAUGACCUUGGUGAUGCUGGGUUAGAAAAGCUUCAUCUUAGCUUUUAUUUGACUAGCAUCUACGAUCAUUCAAUAUUUGAAGCCUUCAGUAAGGUGGUACAGAAGCUCAUUCCACAGUUGCCGACUUUGGAAAACCUGCUAAACAUCUUUAUAUCAAAUUCAGGGAUUGAGAAGGCUUUCCUCUUUGAUGUUGUCAGCAAGAUCUACAUCGCAACAGACAGUUCCCCCGUCGACAUGCAGUCUUAUGAGCUCUGCUGUGACAUGAUUGACGUUGUCAUUGAUGUGUCUUGUAUAUAUGGGUGGGCAAUGCCGCUAGGGUCCUCCUCAUCCGCACUCAUCCCGCACACACCUCUUAGUGCGACUAGGAUUGCUGAUCGCUCUGCCUGUGCAGCGGAGGGCAGACGCUCCCUGAACAAACCUGGAAGACUUAAGGAAGAUGGAAGUGGGAGUGCUUAUGAUAAAGAGUCGAUGGCAAUUAUCAAGCUCAAUAACACAACCGUCCUCUAUUUAAAAGAAGUGACCAAGUUUUUGGCACUGGUGUGUAUUCUUAGGGAAGAAAGCUUUGAACGCAAAGGUUUAAUAGACUACAAUUUCCACUGCUUCCGCAAAGCCAUCCAUGAGGUCUUUGAAGUAGGCGUUUCCUCCCAUCGAUCCUGCAACCAUCAAGCAAACAUUCCUGGCCUAAAAGCAGUGACUCAUAAUGGCACCCCUAGAAACGUCGUCUAGAGGAGAACAAGACUCAGAUGGCCGAGUGCUUGUCUGCCCCACCUUGGUAUGUCUAGGGGCAGUAGAGAACUGGCUGUGUAAACUCGUGUGCAUUCCGCAAGAGGAGACCGACCUUGCCUGGUGGAGCGGCAGCACGAGCGGGCCUGGCGAAGCCGACGUGUCCAAGUCGCCCUUGGAGACUGAGAGUGGCUGUUUCCAUCUUCAAGUGGUAGCGCUUUUUGUCCACAGUACACCCACCACCUCCUCCUCCUGCACCUGGACAUCUCCCUUGGAAUGAAGAAAGGCAUGGGGUUAUUCCAAAGCUGAGCUGAAGCGACACUUUUACGUUUUUAAGCCUAGAUAGUGUGGGUUCAUUUGUGUUUCAGCAAAGUUGGUGACUUUACUGUAGAGGUUCAGAAACAUAAAUGUUGCCGUUUGCGGCUUCAUUUAGCACCAUCUCAAACAUUCCAUGUGAUUCUUUAGUUGUCAGUUUCCACUAAUAUCUGAAAAAAUGGUUCCAUGUUGUGCGAGCUGAAUGCUGUGCUGUGCCAGGCUUCCGGAUGACCCAUAAAGCAAAGGUUCCAAGAAGGGUGUGCUUCUGCUCUAACCUUUUUGUUUGAGAAUAUAAUAAAGACAAGGUUUAGUAACCUUUAUUUCUUUGCUCAUAACUGCUUUACAAUAUGCUUGUCUUGGAUUCUCAAACUUGUGACAACCCAAUUAACGAGUUGCUGGUAAGAGUUCAUCUACUUGUUGUUAAGGUAAAAUGACCUAAAUUUUGCUCAGUAAUAUCUCAGUUCUCAGUGUUCGGUUUUUGGAAGGCACAAGAUGGCAUUGAGAUGAAUUUUGUAAAAUAUGUGUGACUUUGGAAAUCCUGGCUGCCCUGAACUUGACUUUGGUUGCCAGAAUUUGCCGUCGCCCCUCAACCAGGCAAGGAAGAUUCUUUUGCCCCAAGGCUAGCAAAGUGUGAAAGCCUGCCUGAAUGCCUGGCACAAUUCCCUAGGAGGAAAGGUUAUGUCUUUGUUGUGUGAAUCUCUUUUUUGUGGAUUUUUGCGUGCAUCAGUUUGCACAGGUUCCUCUUUCUCUGAAGAAGCAACACUUCUAUAUCCCGAAGCCUUCAGACCUGUGGCCUACCUGUGUGUCAGGGUGAAACUGCUGAAGGGUCAGCAACAGGCUGGCUAGUGCUGUCUGCAGCGGAUGGUGUGCUUUGCAGGAUAUCUCCUUGAGGAAGGAGUGUCUUCAUGUGACUGACGUCUCAUUGGACUGCAUUAAUAAAAUGCAUUUAUCCCA